GACCAGCAACCUUGGAAGCUUGUGCAGUUGCAUUGCCAAAGCUCUACCUCUGCCACCUCUUCUCCUUCUUAUUCUUGUCCAUGCGCCUGCACUCUAAAGAAAAGAACGCAAUACCUCCAUACAACAGCCGACAAGUUUGAGGCAGUGUUACGAAGCACUUGUGCUACCAGCCUCCACUCCCACAAGUGCAUCACUGGCGCCCGCCCUUUGCUCUCCGACACGCCAGCAUUCCUCCGCGCCACGCGAUUGUCUUGCCAUACCCAGUGUGUCCGAUUGAGCGGCUCGGUCCCAUGCGCCGCUGAAGGACACUAUGGGUGUUUUUCAGAACCCGCUGGCCAAGCGCAAAGGCCGUGGAGCAGGAUUGCCCGUCUACGAGAAGCUUAACAAAGAUCGGCUCUCCGAUGACGACGACUCCUACGAUUCCUCAGACUAUGACUCUGACGACUCCUCGCCCUCGGGCCCCGACACCUCGCGGAACGUCUCAGCAUCUGCUGCCUCCGUGACCGCCCCGAUAAUGCCCAGGCGACCUUUUGCCAGCCCGCGGAGACCAGGCUUUCACUUUCCAUACCGGCUACCAAGCAAGGUUACACGUUACCUGUGCCUCGGGCUCGUAUCUCUCAUCAGUCUCUUCAUACUCAGCCUUGUCCGCGCAAGCCAGAACGAGAAUAGAAGGAUCAUCGAAGGACUUCUUCCUGCGCGACCUUCAGCUCCGCCGCUCUGGGAGUCCUACGACUUUCUGACACGAUACUAUGGCGGUGUGAGGAAUCUCGUCUCAUUGUCCGCCAAUGUGCCCGAGUAUCCUAGGGCCCAGGAUGAGCUGCCACUUGACAAGCUCCUGUUCCUCAACUCGACUGGCGAUCUACCUGCCGAGAGACGCAGCAUCCCAGGCAGUAAAGACUUUACACAAUACCCGAAGAGCGUGUUCAAGGCUGGUACCGAGCAGAUUCACGACUGCUUCCUUGACAGUGCAAACAAGGUCCGCGUACCGCCCAUCCGGUACUUUGACGGCCGGCCCAACGGCUUUCCGGAUGCGGUCGUCGGUUCCUACGAGCUGCUGAGUCUGCCCGAAGAUAUCUGCUUUGAACGCUAUGGCCGAUACGCUCCGUAUGGCUAUGGCUACUCGAAGAAAACUGGUGGGCUGGGCAUUGGCGAGCAUGGUGAGAAGGAGGGUUUCGAGUCCACAUGGUCGAAGGUGCCUAAAGUUGAGUGGCAAGACAUGAACUGGGCCGAGACACAGCGCCGCUGCUACAAUGCCAACGCUGCGCGGUUCAAAGAUAUGCCUGCGGUCCAUCAAGACCCUCAUGGCUUCUAUAUUCAUGAAAAGCCGGCCGCCUUUCCACCAAAGAACAUUCUGGCUGAGACUUCAUCGACGAAACUCGAUACAAGCGGCCCGGGGGCAAGAGACACAUCAUCCACCCCUCCAGAAUCAUCUCAAGGUGCUGUUCAGAAGCAGUCGCGUACUGCUGUGGUCAUUCGUUGCUGGGAUGAAUUUUUGUGGCGUGAGGAGGAUGUCAUGAACUUGCGCUCGCUCAUCACCGAGAUGUCUCUAGCCUCUGGUGGUCGCUACGAUGUCCACCUCCUCGUCCAGGUCAAGAAUGACGCCAAGUUCCCCGUGUGGGCUGAUGCCGAGAUCUAUAAGGAGCGCAUCGAGGCGUCCAUCCCUGCCGAGUUCAGGGGCAUGGUGACCCUAUGGACAGAGACCCAGAUGCUGGCACUCUACCAGGGCAUAUAUGACCUUUACGCUCGUGGUCCAGACUUGCCGGUGCACGGUGUCUAUCGUGGUUUGCAGAUGGCCAUGCAGUACUUUGCCUACAAGCACCCUGAGUACGACUACUUCUGGCAGUGGGAGAUGGAUAUUCGCUAUACAGGUCACUACUUCGACUUCUUCAGCAAGGUAGAGAACUGGUCAAAGCAGCAACCCCGCAAAGGACUUUGGGAACGCAACGGGCGUUUUUACCUGCCGACGGUCCAUGGGAGCUGGGAAGAUUUCAAGCAGAUGGCUCGUGUGCAGUCUGAGAUGGGCACUACCGGGGCUGACAACAUCUGGAGUGGUCUGGGAGAGAACAAGCAAGCCAAGGGCCGGGGCGAGAAGCCCAUCUGGGGUCCUGUGCGCCCCUUUAACGAGGAUGACUGGUUCGAGACCGACAAUGAUCCCCAGCCAGAGACGACUUAUGAGAAAGACCGCUAUUCCUGGGGCGUAGGCGAGGAAGCCGAGUACAUUGCCUUCAACCCGAUCUACGAUCCUGAGGGCACCACUUGGGGCCUCGCAGACGACAUCACUGGCUACAACACGACGGAAGCAAAGGUUCCUCGCCGAGCUCAGAUCAUCACUGCCGCGCGCAUGUCCCGCCGUCUUCUGAUGACGAUGCACAGAGAGACUGCCUUCAAAAAGCACCAUGCUUUCCCCGAGAUGUGGCCGGCUACCGUUGCCUUACACCAUGGUCUCAAGGCCGUCUUUGCACCGCAUCCUCUCUAUGUCGAUCGCGAAUGGCCCACGGCUGUGUUUGGUCAGACUCUGAACAACGGCAAAAACGGCGCCAGCGGAGGCUCGCGGACGUCGGUGUUUGGUGAGCGCGAGCACAACCUGCGUGGUCUUUCGUGGUUCUACGACUCUGGUUUCGCGCCGAAUCUGUACAGACGCUGGCUGGGACUCAAGGUUAACAACGAUGGCGGCGAGGAGUUCGAGCAGGUUGAGGACCAGAGCAGAACCGGCGCCUCCGUGCCCGAGAUGCGUGGCGGCGAAGGCCGUAUGUGCCUGCCGCCGAUGUUGCUCCACCCGAUCAAGAAUGUCGAGCUUCCCGUCGAGGCUGACCCGGCUGAGCUCGAGAUUCCUGAGUCGGAUCCUAAUGCUUGAAGACCGGAGCCUGGCUUUUCUGAUGUAAUGAUUCACGCGCCUUCAUGAUUGAGCCCGGCACCCUUCGAGCUUUUUGCGAGCACAUAGUUGUAUAUAUCAUUCGCGCACAAUUCCGAUGAUGGAUAGAGAAUGGCGUUUUGGGCUUUACUUCUUGGGGCGUACACGGGCAGCAUAGAUAUUCUGUCUUGUAUUUAACAGAGUCAAAUCAAGUCCGGGUUGCCGAGUGACCCAAUGUCGAAAUUGAAAUGCAUAUCAUAAGAGAGA